CUAAGACGCGUAACGUAGGAACAGAAGGGUCUUGUUGAAGGCAGACUGUUCAAGGUUGUUGCUGCAGAAAAAUCAUAAAUGGGGGUGCUGUCAGCACUGACGCGGGGGCUCGUGAGAGGAGCUGACAGAAUGGCAGAGUUCAGGAGUAAGCGUGGCCCUAGGACAUUCUACAAGAGCAGAGGAGCCAGACCCACCGGAGUGCUUACCUCCAGCAGAAAAUUCAUACCUGUACAGACCAUGAUACCAGAGUUUGUGGCGCCUAAUUUGGAAGGAUUUAACCUGAAACCCUAUGUAUCAUACAAGACCCCAGAAGGAACAGGGCAGCCCAUGACUCCAGAGGAGCUCUUCACUCAGGUGGUGGCUCCACAGAUUGAGAAAGACACUGAGGAGGGUGUUUUCAACAAGGACAAUCUUGAAAAAUACAGGUUAGAAAAGGGAAAGUUGUUCAAGUUGCACCCCAAGAACUUUGUUCGUUAAGUAGAC